CAAGGAGACCAUGCACAGACCAUGUAUACAAACACACACACACACACACACACACACACACACACAUGUCGAUGACGUCAUUGUGCGUUUUGCCUGGCAGAGAGAAGAGGACAAAAGACAAACUGUACCAUCAUGUCGAUGUCGGUAGCACAGGUGGAGAAGGCUCUUGCUGAGGUAAUGAAGUAUGCAGCGGAGGGCAUCCACUACAACGGUGACAUCGAGUUCUCUUUGUUGAAGAAGAGGGUGUCGAGGUACGUCGCAGUCAGUGUGGAUAUGAGAUCCACAAUCAUGGCAAAUGACGAGGGUUGUGUCAAGGCACGAAUGCUCUUGCAACGCUUAAGAGAGUCACCACAUGUACGUGUGGACAACGAAGUGGAACACAGUCCUUAUAGUCUAAAAGGAGUGAUUCAGUGGAUGUGCAACGAAGGGAUGCGCGAAGAUGGAGACGUGGACAUGACAAUGCACCAAAAAGGGGGAACGUAUGCACCUGCAAAUUUCAAAAAGUUGCUGGGCACUGUGGCGGAGAACUCCGACAUGCUUGUAGAUGGGUCCAAGGACGAGUUGAAAAGUGGUGAUGUGCUCUGCGAUUUCAUGAAAAAGAGUGAUGAGGACAGGAACGUCAUCCACGAGGCGUUGCACGAAGUGACAGAGUUUGAUUUGCAGGGUAAAGAUCUGAUCGAAUUUGUGCCAGCGAGAGGAGAAGACGACUUCAUAUCCGGCAUACCAUUAUGGGGGGACUUAUUGUCACGCAUUUUGGACCGGCUCAGUCUUGCAAGUUGCGAUGUUGAGAGACAAAGAGAAAGAGAAGAAGGGCCUUUCAUGUCCUUACGAACUUUGAAUUCACAUCGUGCGAGGGCAUGCCCGGUUGUGGUGGACGAAAGAGCACAAGGGCAGGAGAUAGGUGUUGUUGACGCCUGCGGGCCAUCAAACAUAGGUGCAGUGAAUCUCAUGAGCGAUGAGAGCGAGGACAUCGGAGCCCCCGAGAACGUAGACGGGGAGGGCGGGUCAUUCCCAGAGCAGCAACCGCCGCCUGCCGAGUCUUUUGACAGCUUUCGCAAGCUUGCGGCACUGAUUUUCUCUGUCAGGGGCGGCGUCGGUAUGUCGCAGAGUCACAUAGAUGCUCUCUUGUCACUUCUCAAAGACCCGAGAUUCAGCACGACAGACAUUGCGUACUGUAAUAGUCGAGAGUGUUUGACAUGGGCAGGCAGUCUAGCAGAGGCUGCGGGAUGGAAGGAGUCGGAUCUGCGUAGCGACGACUGGCCACGAGAUGCGCACGCUAUCUUGUGGCACCGCUAUUGGCGAACCACAUUUCUGUCGAUUUUUAAUAUCGCAUUACAGAAAUGCAAGACGGUGUUUUCUCUAGAGGUGUCCCCGCCGUCAGAGGACCUCAGUAUAUCUGGCCCGCGCAGCGGAGCGCUAAGUUAUCACAUCGAGUCGAUCAUUCGAGCAAACAAAGGUGUGGACGGGAAUGGUAAUCCACGUUAUAUUAUCCCUCUGUCGCUCUAUUCUGACAAGACACACAUGGACGGUUGUCAAAAACAGAUGGCGUACCCUCUGAUGAUGUCCCUAGCCGACCACGCAUCCGAAGCCACACUGCAGGCCUAUCUUCCUGUGCUUCAUCAUCUUCCACGUGACAAAGGAUGGGGUCAACAGUCCACCGCAUUCAGAAAGCAAAAGGCCGUCAUUUUGCACAAGGCCCUUACAGUGGUGUUGCAGUCUGCGAAGAAGGCAUCUCAUGACGGAAUAAUGAUACCGACAACGCGAUUCGUGGACAUAACUGUCCACCCUUUCCUCCUCAACUAUAUACAGGACUACCCAGAACGAUGUGCGCUUGCGACUGUGAAGUUUGGCGUAUGCCCAACAUGCACCGUGUCCAAAACCGACUUUGAUGUCCUAGCCGAUUUUACGGACUGCAAGAGAUCACAGACGCUCGAAACACACCUCACAGCAGUUGUGUUCACAUCCGACGACAUCGACGUGCGUCGUGCAGCGGAAGGACGAAUGUCGGAGUUGAACAUGCAUAGGCAUGUUCAAAAGAACGGUCUUUGGGGGUUCUACAGGGGCCCCAAUGGUGACGACCCUCAGCUAGACGACCACCUGGCAUUGCAGCCAGACCGUAUGCACACAAUCGAGCAUGGCAUAUUCCUGCACAUGAUUGACGCAUUCAGGACGGCAGCGUUUGACAAGUUCCCGAACAUACCGCAAACAGAGAUCCUCAAGGAACUAGAUGCCAGCGGUGCCGAUAACCGUCCGCCCAGGGCCCCCGAGAAGAGGUCGCAGGAAGAUCAAAUCACAAAGGUGCACCGCAGGACAAAGAAGAGAAUCUCCUACAAAAAGGACACAACGGUGGACAUGAUCGAUCUGAGAGGGUCGAAUAAUGUGCAUAGCGGAGCCCGAGAGGAAGCAGAGGAGGAACACGACCACCCCUCAUCGGAAAAGUUCGACAGGGAGGAUGACAACGCGUCAAGGGACGAGGUCGACGACAGUGAGACCUCCCACGGACAUCCUCGCGACACUGACGAGGCUGACGACGACGACGGCGGGAGUGACGACGGCACCGCGUACGAAGAGAGUGACGAUGGGUCAGCCCAAGACGACAGAAGCGCAUCUAGAAGAGCGAGUUCCCCGUCCCCGGGAGGAACACAAUGCACGAGGGUCCCCGGGAGGAACACAACGCACGAGGGCAGCGCUGCCGACACGCUUUCCAUUGGCAGACAAAUAGUGAGGCACGCUAAUACUGCUGGAAAAGGUAAACAAAGUGCGCUGAAGUUGCCGCCAUUGCCAAACGAUUACAUUCAGACUCGCAAAGUUCAGGCACAUCGCUGAAGCAAGGAUUUGACUUUGAUGAACAUGCAGUUGAAAUGGACUGCCGAAUGUCGCUAGUGCUAAAAUGUAUCUGGACUGCCGAGUUCU